AUGACCGGUUAUCUUGUGCCUGCUCUCAUAGGUACCAACCAAUACGGACAAGAACUCAACUCCAAACACGUGUGUUCUAUGCUCUGCAUCCAGGAGGAGCUGGAGCAGUUGGGCGGUGGUAUCGCGGGGGGGCCGAUAAUCAGUGUCCCUCACGGAUCUGAACUAGCUGACAGUAGUCAGACGACCCACUCGGAGAGCAACAACAGCAAUAACUCGAGUGACACUGCCACAAAAUGUAACAACACCGGGUCCGGAACCAUAGACGUCGAAAGUAGUUCGAGCUUACUCGACAAAAUGCUGGGAUGCAUUCGGCCCGCAUGGUCCGCCUUUGUCUCAAAGGCUGUCGCCAACGACAAGAUAAAAGGCCAAACUGACGACUGGGAGAUCCCUUUCGAGUCAAUCAGUGAGCUUCAGUGGCUGGGAUCUGGAGCUCAAGGUGUCGUAUGUAGCGGAAAAUUGAAUAAUGAAAUUGUAGCUGUUAAAAAAGUGAGAGACCCACGCGAGACUGAUAUAAAAAAUUUGCGCAAGCUCAAUCAUCCCAACAUCGUGCAAUUCAAAGGUGUAUGCACGCAGGCACCAUGCUACUGCAUAAUUAUGGAGUUUUGCCCCUACGGGCCCUUGUACGAUUUGCUGCGGGGAGGAGAACGUGUUCCUCCAGCACGACUUGUCUCCUGGGCGAAGCAAAUAGCGUCCGGAAUGGCUUACCUUCACAAUCACAAAAUCAUUCACAGGGAUCUGAAGAGUCCGAACGUCCUCGUUGGACGCAAGGAAAUAGUAAAAAUUAGUGACUUUGGCACGAGCCGAGAGUGGAAUGAAAUUAGCACCCGGAUGACUUUUGCGGGCACCGUUGCCUGGAUGGCGCCAGAGAUUAUUAGGAAUGAGCCAUGCUCGGAGAAGGUCGACAUAUGGUCCUACGGUGUAGUAUUAUGGGAAUUACUCAGUGGGGAAAUUCCCUACAAGGACGUGGACUCGUCCGCGAUUAUUUGGGGCGUGGGAAAUAAUUCUCUGCAUUUGCCAAUUCCGGCCAGUUGUCCCGAGGGUUACCGACUGCUUGUCAAGCAGUGCUGGUCGGCGAAACCGCGCAACAGGCCCUCCUUCAAGCACAUCGAGAUUCAUCUCGGUAUCGCGGCCGAGGAAGUCCUCUCCACGGAACCUGACGAGUACUUUCGCAUCCAGCAGGCUUGGAAGGAGGAGAUUCGCGUUCACAUGAAGCAAAUGCAGACGAGCACUUCGACGACACCCAGGUUCGAGGCGGAUCUCAUCAGAAGAAGGGAGGACGAGUUGCGACACGCGCAGGAUAUUCGGGAGCAUUACGAGCGUAAGCUGGAACGCACCAACAAUCUUUAUCUCGAGUUGAGUGCCGUUUUGCUGCAGCUGGAGCAACGCGAGCGGGACGUGAUUAAGCGGGAGCAGCACUCGGGAUACAAGCAGUGCAAGAAGCGUAUCGUUCAUCCGCUUCUCAAGGCGCAAGAGCGAUUAAAUCGAAAGCGACAUCUGAUGCUGAAUGUCUCGACUUCCUCGACGCCGACGACGCCACCCUCGCCCACGGAUUCGCCCCAGAGUCCGAUGAAGGCCACUCUCUGCACUCAGUUGAACAACUCGAACAAACCGGAGACUGUCCUGGUGGCGAGCAGUUGUAGCAGCUUCAAGCAGAAGAAGUACCGACACCGGAGAGUGGGUUCCGGUUGCGGAGUGAGCUCAAGUCCCAAGUCUAGUCCACAUCGGGAGAGAAAGAGCACGGAUGCGACACGACUGGUUGACAGCGAGACGCAGACGGACAUGUUGGACUACUUUGGUCAGGGGCAGAGCAGUCCAACAGGCGAGACAAGAGUGAGGCCUUUGGAGAAACUGGGUUUGAGUACUACCACGCCUUUGAAGCAUAUUCUGUCGGAGCCGGUGACGGAGUCGCAGCAGCAUCUGAAUGGGAAUACUCCAUUGGUGUCGGAUGAGGAUUAUAGGAUGCAUUCGAUCUGCUCGAGUCCGGAGCCUUCGAGUGACAAUCGACUGAAUGGAAAUGACCAGCUCAGAGAUUGCAGUGAUGAUGAUCAUCUGGAAACUCUCGGUCGAAAGGUCAGCGAGAUUCUCAAUGCUAAUCGGCAUGUUUCACCGAUUGAUAAUGGAAACUGCAACGACGUCAUUAUAUCUCAUGCCAGGAUAAAGGAGGACGUGCUGAGACUACCGGGGCAUUUUUGUGGAAUUAUAAUAAAUGGAUCAGAUCAUGAUAAGUCUGAUAAUCUUCUUAAGUCGAGUACAGAUACAGUCGAUACUCUGGGCAAUCAAGACGGACAUCUGAGAGAGGAAGAGAGCUGGUCGGACGAAGAGGGGGAGGACCCAAGUUACACCUACAAUUAUUCGCUAAGAAGAAGAAGUAUUGCGAGGAGACCAAUUGGUCCAGGAUGUAGAAUAAGAAGAUUUAAGCAGAUUCCGACAACCGUGAAAGGAGUUUUAGUAUCGGACGAAGAAAACACUUCCGAGUACUCGCACCCGCCGUCCAGUCAGUCCUCGACUCUCGAAAGUAAUCCGGAAGUGCAGAGGGCCUUUCGAAAUAUCCACCAUUCUCACAAGAGAAAAAAAGGACUCGAGGAUGGCACCGAUUCGUCAAGUCAGUCCGAAACGGACGAAGUCAGUGAGAUUACAAUUGCAUCACAGCGCGCAAACGCAAACCUCAAAUUGGAAAGUCGAGUCUGAUUUAUUUAUUAUUAUUGGACUUUCUUAUUAGUAGAAGUAUAGAUGAAAACUACUUCUCUUACGUCUCGCUGAUGAGGCUCUCUCUCUCUCUCUCUCUCUCUCUCUCGCAGUGAAAAAACUUGUACCCCAGCAGUAUUUUGAAGGAGCUUCUCUUAUAAAUAAGCCUCACCCGAUAUGGUUUUCUAUUCUGUAUCAGAAAUUAAUCCUUAUUAAGCUCGGGAAUUAUUUUCGAGACGUAACGUGAUAAGCUCGUAUUAAAACCCUAAGUUUAGCUGAGAAAGUAUAAGUUUAGCCGAGAGAUUGUCAAGUGUUGUGAAUAUAGUCUAGAUAUGAAUUUCAUAUUUGAAAAAAAAGUAUAUUGUGUGUUCAUGGUCAAGCGACAAAGGUAGAAAAAGUCACACACGCAUACGUACGAUUUCUAGAAUUUAACAUUCCAUUUAUUUAAAGCAUCCAGGAAGAAUUAAGGAGAUCCACAUUUCAUGACAGUUUCUUUUUUUUUUUUUUUUGUAUAUUUCCGUCGGGUGAAAAUAUCCACGUGAAUUUAUCAUACCACUUGGAAAUCCAGAUGAAAAAUUGAAAAUGUUGCAGUUAAAAAUAUACUUUUCUCUUUUUUAAAUUCACUUUUUUUUUCGCUUUAAAUAUACUGCAUUCUAUAUUACAAUAUUUGAAUUACAAGGGGAAUCUCGGACCGGAACGUAAUCUCGAGAUUGAAUUGUAAAAUUUUAAUUUGCAUUUUCUUGGUAUUUAAUAAAAGAGAUUUAACGCUAAAUUAUAUAUUUUCUUGGCAAAGGUGAAUAUGUAAUUUAUAGUUAAAACUAUAAUUAUUUACUUGGUCGAUUUCAAACGAAAUUAUUUAGGAUUUAAAUAAAACUUUAGAGCUACAUUUUCUUCAAGUUUCAACAAUUA